AUGAGACAACUUUCUUUAAUUUUUUUAUUUUUUAUAAUGCUACAUUUCUCCAAAUCUGUUCUGAUGAAGAAACAAACUCAUUUUGGAUGGAAUGAGGGACAUGGAGGAGUUUGUGCAGAGCUCAGGGGAUGAUGGGAUUGUGGUCUUCACUCUGGGGUCUUUGGUAAACAACAUGACCAAAGACAGGAGCAAUACGAUUGCUUCCGCACUGGCACAGAUUCCACAGAAGGUCUUAUGGCGAUAUGAUGGAGAGAAGCCCGAUACUCUUAGUGAAAACACCAGAAUCUAUAAGUGGAUCCCUCAGAAUGAUUUAUUGGGUCACCCUAAAACCAGAGCAUUCAUCACUCAUGGAGGCACUAAUGGCAUAUAUGAGGCCAUAUAUCACGGCGUUCCAAUGGUCGGGAUCCCCUUGUUUGGUGACCAGCCUGAUAAUUUGGUUCAUAUGAAGGCCAAAGGUGCUGCUGUUAUCAUGCACUUCAACAGUAUGCAGAUUCAAGACCUGGUGGAUGGACUUAAUGCCGUCAUUAAUGAUCCCUCGUAUAAAGAGAAUGCUAUGCGUUUGUCCAGGAUUCAUCACGACAGACAUAAACCUUUGGAUGAGGCUGUGUUCUGGAUUGAGUUCGUCAUGCGCAAUAAAGGUGCUAAACACCUGCGUGUCGAGGCCCACAAUCUUACCUGGUACCAGUACCACUGUCUGGAUGUGUUCGCUUUUCUCAUCACUGUCCUGACCGUAGUUCUCUACGUCUUCUUUAAAAUGUGCAAAUUCUUCAUAAUGCGUUGCUGUCUUAGAUCAAAGAGGAAAAGCAAAAAAGAGUGAUUGAUUUUUUUGAAUGAUACAAAGAUUGAUACCAUUCAUAUAGACAGUGCUGUACAUCUUGUGCAUGCUAGAUUCUUCACAAAUAUUAUUUCUAUCUUUUGCUUUAGUGUGCCAGUUCGAACAUUCGAUUUGCAGUGAAUUGAAAUAAUCCAGCAAGAUUUUUAGAUGCACAAGGAGUCUGACAACAGACAGUCCCCACAGAGAUCUGAUCUCACCAUGAUCAAGUCUGCCUGGGAUUACAUUAAGAGACAGAAAAACUACGUCAGACUAAAUUCAUAAGAGCUGCUGCAACAAGUUCAAGAUAUUCCAUGACUGACUAAUUUGAUGACUAAAUUCUGCUUGUUUCUCACACAAAGCUUUGGUAUGAUUUUUAGAAGACUUAGAAUAUAGUGUGUAAUUCUUUGGUGGUGGAUUUCUUUUUCUCUUGAAAUACACAAUCACUAUAUAGGUUUGGAGUGACAUGAGGAUGAGUAUUUAAGUACAGAAAUUUCAUUUUUGACAGCAUUGUUUAUUCGAUCUGUAUUUGUUGCAUAAUAUUAAAUACACCAGAAAAUUUUUUUUUGUGAAUUGUGCUUUGGCACUUACUAUGAAAGUAAACUAGGACUUGUUUGCACUGAGAAAAAUGUAAUAAAAAAUUCAUUUGUA